AUGCCACCACGCAAUAACACAAGCAAGGCGACCAUUCGCCUGGUUGGGCAGAAUACCCGAGCCUGUCGCAUUGUGUUUGACAUGCCGAUCCUAGAUCUAGCCGUUGCUGGCGGUGUUUCAGAUCCCCGCUUCGACCCUAUCGGUACCAUGGGAUCCCGGGAGGUACGACUCUGGCAUCGCCAGUGGUCCCAGCCUUGGAACGUGAGCGUAACCUGGGACGCUAGACAACAUUCAAGGUUUUCUGGAAAAGUCAUCUGUCUGUGGUCAGAUGCAAAUGCAGGCGAGAUCCCUGCCCUGACUGAAGUUUUGCAUUAUCUGCCCGUUUGGGCAAUACCUUCCAAGAUUAGUGACGGGUUGGUCGAGGGCUUUAGGCACUUUGAGAUUUAA